CUGUAGAGAAGGCCCAGCUCACAAUAUCCCCGUGCCUACUUGUGCCCAAAGUCACCUCUGUCUCUCUCGCGAACCUUCCCGACUACUCCAUUUCUCGAUCCUCAUUCCAUCAACUGCUCGUACCUUCUACACACUCCCCCUCCACCUCACUAUAAAUACCAUUUUAACCUACGCUCUCAGCAAGCAAUUGUCCUUGCAUUUAGCAAAAACCCUCGCACCCUUUUCUCGUUUUCCCCUACAAGCUAAAGCUAUCUAUGGCGUCUUCUCUCGCUCUGAAGAGGCUGGUCGCCUCUAACCUCCUCUCAAGGUCAGCGGCGGCUCGUCCGGCAGCCUUCCGCCUCUUCAACACAAAUGCUAUCCGCGAGUACGACGGCGAUGACCGCGAUCUCGAUGUUGAACGCCGCCCAGAGCGUCGUAUUUUCUCCCCCUUCUCAGACAUAUUGGGUCCAUUUGCCACACGAAGCAGCCUGAACCAAAUCCUGAACAUGAUGGACCAAAUCGUGGAAUCGCCUAGCGCCCGCAGGAAUUGGGAUGCUCGGGAGACUGCCGAUGGGCUUCAUCUGCGCAUGGACAUGCCUGGGCUGGGGAAGGAGGACAUCAAGGUGUCGGUGGAGCAGAACACUCUCACCAUCAGAGGAGAAGGGAAGAAGGAAUUUGAAGAUGAAGAAGAUGGCGGAAGGAGGUACAGUAGCAGAAUAGAUCUACCGGAGAGGCUGUACAAGACGAGUGAUAUCAAGGCUGAGAUGAAGAACGGUGUCCUCAAGGUGUUUGUGCCAAAGAUUAAGCAGGAGGAGAGGACCGAUGUUUUUCAUGUCAAUGUUGAGUGAGUUUAGUUAGAGCAAGUUGAAGAUGGGGAUUGCGUGUACUGUGUUUUAAGCGUCAUUUUGUAGUACGUUACUGUUUCUGUGAUUGGAACUAAUUUUCUUUGCUCUAUGGAUGUGAAAUCGAUUUUAUUAUGUGUGCUGAAUUUCUUGUGUACUCUAAAUCUUGGGGUUGAAAUUAAGGACGUGGGUCGGAAUGUUUAACCUGGUAACUCUAGAAAAUGCAAAUUGACACGGAAUAUUGCAAGCAAUUGGUGGAACCUACUCUAUUUCUUGAAUACGUCUUCCUGUUUAGGAGUGCACAAUGUUAACCCAAAAGUGCACAAAAUUCGGUUACCUCAGACCUAAACCAGUUCGGUUUUCGGUGGAUAUGUUCUAAAUUUUGAUUUCGG